AUGGAGGAAAUACCAGAUGAAAACAAUAUCGAAGAAGGUGAUGCAUGUUUAAAGCAGUUUGAAGAAACCAUCAAACAAGAUGAUGAUGAUGUGCGAUUUAUUGUAGAAAUCCCUUUAAAAGAAGAUAAAGAUUUGGGAGAUUCUCGCAAACAAGCUGUGGCGCGCCUCGUUUCUAUGGAAAAUAAAUUUCUAAAAAGCAAUAAACUAAAAAAGGACUACCAUCAGUUUAUCAAAGAAUAUAAGGACCUUGAUCAUAUGGUCAAAGGAAAUGAUCAUUUAAAAGGCUCACAUUUUGGAAAAAUGUGGGAAAGUGAAGUCCAGGUUAAAUCGUUUGAAGACGAAACUGAAGUAGCUGAUCAUAUUUUGGAAGAUGAUGCUAAAACACAGAAGGAAGGUUUUACUACUUCACUAAAAUACUUAAAUGAAAAAUGCACCGAUGCAGAAGGUGAUAAUACCGGCAGGAAUUCAGAGCAAAAUAGUACAAAAACGGUUGCAGCUUUGAAGGGCACAAGAACAUCCAAGGGUGGAUCCAGCAGCAGUAAGGACGAACGCCAAUGCAGCAAGCCCGAUGACGAUAAAUCAAAAAGAAAAGAUGAGAAGUCUGGCGACAAAAAGGAUAAAGACAUUAGUGAACAAAAAUCAUCUUCAAACAAGACUUCGCAGAAGGAUGACAAAGUGAAUACAUCUACAAAAUUGUCGUCCACAGGAAAGCAGACAAAACCUUCACAUGAAGACAAGAAGAUACGAGACACAACUUCUAAGACGAGAGACGACAAACGUAAAACUAUUGAUACAAAGAAGGACGAUGAAUCAAAGAAACCUGAAGUGGAGAAGGAUAAGCAACGCGAUAAAGAAAAGGAGAAGGACCAUAAUAAAAAAGACGUAAAUAAAACUGUUGAAAUAGCCAUAAUAGAUCCAGUUGGAAAAGCAGAUGUAGUAACAACCAUUUGGGAGUUACUAAUACCAUGGCAGCGUUAA